UGCGAGUGAGUUCCUGCUGUCUGGCCCCGCCCGGGAGGAGUGACUUCAGUCCGGAGCUCGAGCUCUCCAGACUCCUUCACCUCACGCGCCACACACACCAGCACACUUUCCCGCGAUUAACAUUUGGAUUACAACUGCGUUUCGCGCGCGCGGUUCAGGAUGAAGGGUGGAGGUUUGGCAGGGAGCUGCAGCCCCUGCUAGAUUCCCCGCCUCGCCUUCAUCAUCAUCAUCAUCAUGGCCAGUCACCUGGAGCUGCUGACGGAGCUGCAGCAGCUGGAUAAGGUGCCCAGUCUGGAACGGCUCAGAGCCGCGCAGAAGCGUCGCAUGCAGCAGCUCAAGCGAUGGGCCGUCUACGAGAAAGAAAUGCAGAACAAGAAGCGAAAGGGCGACAAACGCCGCGGCCACUGGAACCUGCGGGAGAACCGCAAAAGGGUUUCGUUUGCGGCGAGCAUCGCUCUGCUGGAGGCCUCGUCGAGGAACGAUCCGGAUGAAGUGCGUUAUCUACUGAAGAACAACGUGAGUCCUGAUCUGUGUAACGAAGACGGACUGACGGCCCUACACCAGUCUCUGAUGAUCUGGUGUCUCCGCAGCGGCGCUGAUCUCUUAGCAGUGAACUCAGACGGUAACAUGCCCUAUGACCUCUGUGAGGACGACCCCACGCUCGACAUCAUCGAGACCGCCAUGGCCAACCGAGGCAUCACACAGGAGAUGAUCAAUGAGACGAGAGCAGCGGUGGAGAGGAGGAUGCUGGGAGAUAUUCAGAACCUCCUGCAGGAUGGAGCCGACGUCAACCGACACGACUCCCAGGGGGCCACGCUGCUGCACGUCGCAGCGGCAAACGGUUUCGCACAGGUUGCAGAGAUGCUGUUAGAGGGCGGAGCCAGAACAGAGAUGAGGGAUUCUGAUGGGUGGACGCCGUUACAUGCCGCUGCAUGCUGGGGACAGGUGCAUGUGGCCGAGCUUCUGGUUUCUCAUGGUGCCGAUCUAAACGCCAAGACGUACUUGGAGGAGACGCCUAUAGAUCUGUGGGAGGGAACUGGUCUGGGUUCUUCUUCUGUGGUGGUGAUUACGUCACACUCGUUGUUCUUUGGCUGCUUGUGCAGGAAAGUGGUGCGCAGGGCGAGUGUGUCCGACAGACACAAUCUCUGCAGGAAGGAGUAUCAGACCGAAGCCAUCGUGUGGAGAGGAGGACGAGAGGAAGAGGAGCGAGAGCGGGAGUCUGAUCAGGAACACAGCCUCUCGACGCAGCCCGACGACGCUCCUCGAGCAGCGGGGAUCCUGAAGGAAGACGGCGGACAGAACGGCUGCAUCUCCAGCACUCCAGCGCCGGCCGCUGACCCCGUGACCCUUGACCCCGCGCCCUCCGCCGAGGAGCCCAAGCACAAAGAGCAUGCACAGACACUGUCCGAACUCAAGAAGCAGCGCGCCGCCGCCAAACUCCUCACCCAUCCCGUCCUCAACGGCCACCUGGGAAACGGCUCGACCAGAGCCAGCCCCGAGGAUCCGCGCAUGCCGCUGGUCUCGUCCAAUGGCAGCGCAGUUUACUUCACACCUGCCAGCGGAGACCCGCCCCUUCUGAGGUUCAUGCAGCCAAUAGAAGACGAGGAUCCCAAGAGUGACAGCUGCUGCUGCAUCUCAUAGAUCCGACGAGAGGAUCUCGAGCGAUCCGGUUAUCACCCGCUUUUAUUUCUCGAUCCGAGCCUGGAAGUGUGACGACCCCUCUCUGAAUCCUGUGCAGGAACGGGAACUUCUCAGAGGAGGAAGGAAAUGACCUCAUUCAGGCUUCCCAGGUUAAAUGUGGGACUUAUGCUUCUCUAUUUCACUUCCAGCAGCAGACGAUUCCUUCCAGCUGUGUAAUGUGCGAUUGUGCAGAUCUUCAGCUUAGUGGUGUUAUACAGACCGACAGACGUGUUCCUCUCCUGUACAGUAUUUAUUUGUAUAUGUGCAUAGAGCCACUCUUCUAUAAGAUUAUUUAUUGUAUUCCAGAGAGAUGAAGUGACGGAUGGAGCACAAACAAGUCAGUAUUUUUCUAUGACAGUGUUAUAAUGACCAGAUGAAGUAUUUGAACUCACAUUUCACACUCAAAUCACAAGAACGGCGUAGCCAGCCUCUGAUAUGUUGUGCAUCUAGUGCGGUCAAAUAAAUUAAUCGCGAUUAAUCGCAUCCAAAAUAAAAGUCUUUGUUACAUAAUAUAUGUGUGUGU